UUCUAACAAAAAAUUCGAUGACAAAAUUUCAACAGGAAAGAUGUCAAAUGAUAUAACAGAAGAAGCAGUCAAAAGUUUGAAAGCAAAGGUAUAUGCCUGUGCGAGAGAUGGUAUGGCUAUCAGUAUUUUCGCCAUGCUAUGGAAUUCAGACAAAACAAUUAUUCACGAAGUGCUUAAUCACGUCACUGAAGAAAACGAACAAAAAACUACUCCAUUAAUUAUUGCGGCUAGAAAUGGGUCCGAAAAAGUAGUAUCGAUAUUAUUAUCAAAUUUUAAUGUAGAUAUAGAACAAACAGGCACUGUCAAAUUUGAAAAUUACACUAUCGAUAAAGCUACAGCUCUCUGGUGUGCAGCAGGGGCAGGUCAUUUUGGAAUUAUUAAGUUACUGAUCCAAAACGGUGCCGAUGUUAAUCACCCAACUAAAACGAAUUCAACACCUUUAAGAGCUGCAUGCUUUGAUGGAAGAUUAGAGAUUGUCAAGUACUUAGUUCAACAUAACGCAGACAUCAGUCUUCCAAAUACUUACAGUAAUACCUGUCUCAUGAUAGCGUCCUACAAGGGUCACAUUGAAGUAGUGAAGUAUUUGUUAGAAAAGAAGGGAAAUCCAAACACUGUUGCUCACUGUGGUGCAACAGCUUUGCACUUUGCUGCUGAAUGUGGUCAUGUCAAUAUCGUGAAAGAACUUAUAAAUUAUAGGGCAAAACAAAUUGAAAAUGAUCAUAAAAUGACUCCAUUGUUAGUUGCUGCAGAGGCAGGGAAAUUUGAGGUUGUUGACUAUAUGGUUUCCUUACCUAGUUGCACUAAAAAAGAUAAAAUUGAUGCUUUGGAACUGUUAGGAGCUUUUUAUGCAAAUGACAAAAUUGAAUAUGACCUUAACAAAGCUGUCCAAUACUUUGAAGAAGCUAUGCAUGUGCGAUACAGUGAUCCAAAUAACAUUAUUUAUAAAGAGUAUCAUCCACCCGUCCAAGCAUAUGAGAAUGUUAAGGAAUGUCAAACUUUAGAAGAUUUACAGAAAAUCAAGGGACAACGUAAUGCAAUUCAUAUGCAAGCUCUAACUGUCAAAGAAAGAAUCCUUGGGGAAGACAAUCCAGAAGUUGCUAGUGCUUUGAUAUAUCGUGGGGCAGUCUACGCUGACAGUGCUAGGUUUAGUCGAUGUAUUGAGUUGUGGUUUCAUGCAUUGAAAUUGCGUCAAAAGAAUAAGAGUUCUGUUUCAAAAGAUUUAUUGAGAUUUGCACAAGUUUUCUCACAAAUGAUUCAUGUUGGGGAAAAAUUAGCAAUAGCUAUUGUGACUCAGGUUUUUGAAAAGGCUGUAGAUGAACUUGUUUUUGAUUCAGAGAGGUUAAAAUUGGAUGUGGAAAAUGUUACAGCAAAAGAAUUAUUUCAGAUUAAUAUUCACACAUCUUUAUAUCUUUUAGUAAUUGCUAUUCACUGUGAUCAUUCAGAAGGAGAAUUAGAAAAACUCAAAGGUUUGACUUACAAAUUUAUCAAACUUAAUCCUCUAUUAGAAAACAAAUAUACUCCACUUCAUAUGGCAGUAGAUUCUGCAACCAUGGUUGAUGACUUUCAUGUUGAAGAGGUAGUAUCUUUCCCAAAUGGACUGUUGACUGAACUUUUCAUGCAAUGUGGAGCUUGUCCGAAUGUUGUUGACUGUCAGAAAAACACUCCAUUGCAUAUAAUUGCCAGACACAAUGAUUCUGAAACACUACACCAGUGUAUACUUAGUCUGAUAAAGAAUGGUGCUCACAUAGAUAUGUGUAAUCUUGAGAAGAAAACACCAUUAGAAUGCUCAUUAACUGAUGUUGCAUGUUCAAUAAUCAGGAACAACAGUGAAAUUUCUCUUAAGUGCAUUGCUGCAAGAUGUAUUCAGAAAAAUGUGCUUCCAUUCAAGGAUUUAGUGCCAGAUUUUUUGGAAGAAUUUAUAGCUAUGCAUUAAUUAAAACUAUCUAGAUUUUAACAAAGUGUAUUUUGACAUACAUUUGUACAUGUCAUUUGCAUGUACAAAAUGUACCUGAUUUAUUCAAAAACAAACAUUUUUCCAAAUGAAACAUUGCAAAAUGGAUGGUCAGACAAUUCAACCUCAAAAUUUUAUAAGUCCAUCUGAUUAAAAGAAUUAAGAUUAAAAUUAAUUAAAAUAGAUAUAAAAAAGGGACUGAUGUUAUCAUUUGAUUUAUUUCAUUGAACUUACAUGUAUAAUCCUGCUUUUGCAAAUGGGUGAGGGGAAAUUAUAAACAGUGUGUUUUUUCAGCUGUGCUUUGACUUAUAAUUACCUUUUUUAACUUAAAUUUGUUUAUAUUGUUACUUGUAGACUCUAUUAGUAAAUACAUGUAUUUCACUUUAUUAAUUUUGUAUGCAUUUUUAUAAUUCUGAUUGUGAAAUUUGUUUGAUUUUUAACUUAAUUUAAAAACCAGAAUUAUGUUCUGUCAUGUCUGUAAAUUAAUUUUUUUGUGUAACCAAAAUUAUUUUUUUAAUUUUUUGUAUAACCAAUUUUGAAUUGUUAAUUUUUCUGUCUUAAUUGUAUACAUGGUAUAGCUUUGAUAUAGAUUGUACUAGUACUUGUGUACAUUUUGUACAUGGUAUAUUUACAAAAAAAUGUAUGUGCCAUACACAAAUGCAAUGUUUUGCUUACAACCAUUGUUUGUUUUGUUAUGUUUGUCAUCAUGAUAUCAUCAUUUACAUAUUUUGUUCCAUUUUUUUGGAAGAAAAUGUAUGCUGAAUUAUUUUUGUAAAUAUCUUUUUUUUUGAGAGAGAGAGAGCGAUUAUUUUUCAUUUACAAAUUAUUUGAAUUCAAACUAUUUAUUUGACCUGUUAAGAAUAAACAUGUACAUCAUGUACACAACAAAUGUACAUUGUGUAUCAUCUAUUGUUUUAUAACAACUGUUCUCUUUUAUCAAAAUACAGUAUUAAACAUGUUAAACAGGGAUCUGAUGUUCCAGAAGCAUGAUAAGACAUGUCCCUAUGUGUUACCCGAACUAGAUAAAAUACAGCUUACAUAUGAGAAUUAAAAAAAAAUCCUGUUAGCCCCUGCAAAGUUAAUUUGAAGAUCUGUUUGAAGUCAUAAUUCACUGUGUACUUUAUUUAGUGUAUCAGUACCUUAUUAGGAGGAAAGAAAAACAGGAAAAUAAAAUAAAAUUCAGUUAAAAAAGAAUUGUAUAUAUCAGUAACUAUGAAAAUUAGACCCAGGAAAUUUAAUGUGUUUCCAGUAAAAUGUUGAAAACAAUUACAUGUUCUGGUCAUGCUGGUAGAGUUGGUAUAAUGUUGGUAGGCAAAUAAUUUUUUAAAAUUUUUUUCAAAAAGUUGUCAACUUGUUAAAACAGGAAACAGUCUGACUAAAGAACUAAAGAAUGACUCAAAAAUCUUUAGGUUUGUCACUAUAAAUUAGGGUCAGUUUGGGUAGCAGAAACACAUGUUUGGUUAGGCCUUAGCAGAUUAGUAACAAUUCAUCAAGAUUCUUAGAGAAAUACAUUAUAUAUGUAAUAAGUUCUAUACGAUCCUUUUGUUUUGCUGUAUACAUGUAUUUUGGUUUAACUUUACAGGAUAUUGCACUAAAGCAAUUUAAAUUUACUGAUGUUUUUCUUAUUACAAUUGUACGUCUUUGGAUCAGGAAUUUCAAAUUAAUAAAGCAAAUUAUAUUAACCGUUUGUCAGUAAAAGUUAUUAGAAAACAUUGGAUUUCCUUCUGUGGCAAAUUUUGUUUUGUUUGAAUCAUUGAAAUAGGUCUAUUAACAGCUCUUUGUUGAUACAUGUACAAAUCGGGAUUCAUUACUAAAUUAAACCUACAUCUGAAAUGUACAUGUAAGAAUGAUGGAGUUGUCUCUCUUUGUCCAAAUCUAGUUAGAUAUCCUUAAUAAAAAAAAAAACAUUAAUGUUGACUUUUCUUUUUUGUGAUAAGUUUAAAGUUUUUAUAGCCCGUCAAUUUUUUGACGGGACAUAUUAUGGUAUACAAAUGUCCGGCGUCCGUCUGUCUGUCUGGCGUAAACAUGUCGCACCGUAACUUGAGAAUGACUUAUCCAAAUUUCAUGAAACUUAACAUAGUUGUUUCUUAUGAUGGUCAAACGAUCUGUAUACUUUUUGGUGAAAAUAAGAUUAAAACUUUUUGAGUUACGGGACUUAGUAACUAAAACAGGUGUGUGUUUUUUUUCACAUGUUGCGCCGUAUCUCAAAAACAAUUUAUGAUUAUUGCUUAAAACUUUACACACUUCUUAGUUAUAUUAAUCUUAAGAUCUGUAUACUUUUUGGUGAUGAUUCAAAAUUUUAUUUUAGAGAUAUUGAGUAUUUUGUUGAAAAAGGGGGUGGGGUUUUUCACAUGUCGCCCCGUAUCUCAAAAACAGUUUAUGAUUAUUGCUUAAAACUUUACACACUUCUUAGUUAUAUUAACCUUAAGAUCUGUAUACUUUUUGGUGAUGAUUCAAAAUUUUAUUUUUGAGUUACAUUGUAUUGAGUAUUUUGUAAAAAAAGGGGAGGGAUUUUUCACAUGUCGCGCCGUAUCUCAAAAACGAUUUAUGAUUAUUGCUUAAAAUUUUACACACUUCUUAGUUAUAUUAAUCUAAAGAUCUGUAUUCUUUUUGGUUUUGAUUCAAAAUUUUAUUUUUGAGAUAUUGUUUUUUUUUUUUUUUUUAAAAGGGAGGGUUUUCACAUGUCGCGCCGUAUCUCAAAAACGAUUUAUGAUUAUUGCUUAAAAUUUUACACACUUCUUAGUUAUAUUAAUCUAAAGAUCUGUUUACUUUUUGGUUUUGAUUAAAAAUUUUAUUUUAGAGAUAUUGAGUUUUUUGUAAAAAAAAAAAAAGGGGAUUUCGCAUGUCGCGCCGUAUGUCAGAAACUAUUUAUGCUUGUUGCAUAAAAAUUCACACACAAGACGACGGGUGUAUCAUGUGCUCAUGGCGCAGCUGUUUAUUUAUACAAUCAAUACAAUUUUUAUUCUAAUGAACCAUUAUUGUCUUAUUACAUUAUUGUUUAGUUUGUUUAUUAUGUUAUGAAUAAUUACAUUGUAAUUGGUCUGCCCUUCAUAGGGUACCUUAAUUGGUUAAUAAAAUGAUCUGUAUCUGUAUAAGUCAUUUCUUCACCUCAUUGUUUAAAAGGUAUUUUGACAAGUGAUACCUCACAGAGUUAAGUGAAAUUCAUAUAAGAUUUUUAUUCAGUCAUUUUACAAUUUGUUGUCUCCCUUUUGCCAGAACAUUAAUGCAUAUUCAGUUAUUCAUUUGUUUACUAAGAUGUUUGUUGAGAUUUAAACAUGGAGCAAUGAUGAUCAAAACCCUAUUGUCAUUGGCUUGAUAGGGAUAUCCAUUUUAAGGCCUCCUCUCUAUCUUUGUUAGUAAACAACAUAGUACAAUGAGGGUGCCCUACUUAAGAUCCUAUCCAUGCCAAUGUCAUGCAUAAUGUAUACUCCAAUAUAAAUUUCUAAACCAAUCUGUUUGUAUAUCAUGGUAUAUGUACAUGUAUGUAAUAAUACAUGUUCUCGUCAUGAAAAAUAUUAUAUUCAAAAUUAUAUAAUUUGCAGAAAGUAGUGCAGACAUUGUACCUGUAGCUUAUGAAUCUACUUGUUUUACCUACAUUGUACAAUUAUGGACAAAGGAAGAUACCAGUAACUCAAUUUAAAAGUUGGCUUAAACAAACAUUGAUUUGCUUAGUAAAUUUUUCAUUUGAGUUUGGUACAUCUUUGAAGUUAUAGAUUGGAUUGUUGAUGAAUAAGUUAUUAAUUUUAUAGUCAUCAUUUUAUUGUAUCAUCCUGGAUAGGCCUGAAAUAUUUGCCACUGCAAAGCAUGCCUAAUCAAUCAAUCAGUGUAUUAUUGUCAAUUAAGAGCUUAAAGCUUACAAUGUUAUUGUUGUGCUUGUAAAUAGUAUAAUAAUCUGUUAUUCUGUGAAAUUGUAAUUUAUUGAAUAAGUGUCUAUGAAUACAAGUUUUUGAUCUA